AUGGCUCAAGAUACCCCCAUCGCCAUCGUGGGUCUCGCAUACCGCGCUCCUGGCAUCGGGAGAAAAGGCCUAUGGGAUUACCUCUCUGAAGCUCGAUCAGCAUGGACAAAGAUCCCUGGUGAUCGCUUCCAGCACGACGCAUACUUUCGCCCUGGUGCUGACAAGGCUGGCUGUCUGAAGUCCGAGGGUGGUCACCUACUCUCUGAGGACAUCUACAACUUUGACGCCGCCUUCUUCAAUAUGAGGGCGGAAGAGGCUAAGAAUGCCGACCCUCAGCACCGUAUGCUACUUGAAUGCGCUCUAGAAGCAUCCGAGAACGCAGGCUACAGCCUGCUUGAUCUUGCUGGCAAGAACAUUGGUUCGUACGUUGCUCUUGGAGCAAUGGAAUAUGCCAACCGUCUGUUCGGGGAUGUCUUUGCUGCCACGACAUUCUCGGCCACCGGUAUCGCGCCUUGUAUGUUUGCGAAUCGAUUGUCCUAUUUCUUCGACAUUCAUGGCCCUAGUAUUGGUGCCGAAGCAGCCUGUGCAAGCAGUGCUUAUGCUAUCCACCAGGCUUGCCAAGGUGUGCGUAAUGGAGACUGCGAUGCUGCAUUUGUUGGCGGAUCAACUCUGUUCAUGGCCCCUAACUCUUGGAUUUCCCUUGAAAAAACUGGCGCUCUUUCAGAUCAUGGCAGAUGCUACUCGUACGAUCACAAAGCCUCAGGGUUUGGACGUGGAGAGGGUGGUGCUUGUCUACUUAUCAAGCGGCUCGAUGAUGCCAUCAGUGCAGGUGACCCAAUCCAUGCUAUGAUUCGGAGUUCUGCCUGUAACCACGGUGGAAGGUCUGAGGGUAUCACUAUGCCCAGGAGAAUGGCACACGAGAUCCUCCUUAGGAGAGUUCAUGACGCUGUUGGCCUGAGCCCAGAUGAAACUCCCGUAGUUGAGGGACACGGGACUGGUACUGCAGCCGGUGAUCCAAUCGAGGCUGGAGCCUUUGCAGCAGUUCUUGGCAAGAACCGAACUGAGGAAAAUCCAUUGUACAUUGGAUCUGUGAAAUCAAACUUCGGGCAUCUCGAAGGUGCAAGUGGCAUUGUCGGUAUUGUCAAGGCAAUAUACAUGCUUAAGAAUAAGGUCAUUUUGCCCACUGCAGGGUUCGAAAAGAUCAACCACCGGAUCCCAGGGAAGGAGAAGAUUGUUGUAGCACAACUGCCCAUUCCAUGGCCUGAGAGCGAGAAGAGAAGAGUUCUUGUGACCAACUUUGGAUUUGGUGGCAGUAAUGCGGCCGUCUUGCUUGAGGCAGCCCCUGAGCAUGUGACGAACGGCACUAAUGGAACGCAGCUCAAUGGAAACGGCGUUGCUACACCUGAGAACCCCCUUCGUCGUCUAUUUGUCUUCUCUGCUAAAACAAAACAAAGUCUAACGGACUACCUGACUUCAUUCGAGAGCUACCUUGCGGAAGUUCCCGAAUCUGGCGAAUUUAUCAAGAACCUUAGUUACACUCUUGGCCAACGCCGUUCGCAUCAUGCUCAUCGCGCCGCUGUUAUUGCAGAUUCUGUUGAAGAUCUCCAAGACAAGGUCGCAUCGGCCAAGCCAAUCAGAGCGAGAGACAAAACCAUUGCGUUCGUGUUUACGGGACAAGGAGCCCAGCAUGCCCAAAUGGCUUCUGGUCUCCGGCAUUAUAAAGUUUUCUCUGAGGCUCUUGAUAAGGCAGAAGACCAUCUCAAGUCAAUGGGAGCGACAUGGUCCUUGAACGAGGAAUUGUCUAAGCCAGCAGCUGAGUCUCGAAUCAAUAGCGCUGAAAUCAGUCAGCCAGCUUGCACUGCUGUCCAGUUGGCCUUAGUGGCUCUUCUCACCAGCUGGAGCGUCAAGCCAUCCAGAGUCACUGGCCAUUCAAGUGGUGAAAUUGGUGCUGCAUACUCGGCCGGCCUCGUCAACUUCAAGACCGCCAUUGCGCUGGCCUUUUUCCGUGGACAAGCCGCAGCCAAGCUCAUCAGUCAACAAACCCAGAAGGGAGCCAUGUUGGCUCUUGGGGUUGGUUUUGAUGAUGCCUCUGCGCUCAUUGAGAAGCAUGCUGAUGGCGCCUAUGCCACGGUGGGAGCAAUCAAUAGUCCUCAGAGUGUCACUGUCUCCGGUGAUGAAUCGGCGAUCAACAAGAUUCAACAGGCCGCGGAGAAGGAUGGUAUCUUCAACAGAAAGCUCAAGAUCGAACUGGCCUACCACUCUCGGCACAUGCAAGCCGUGGCUGAUUCUUAUCUUGACGCCAUCACUCCGUUCUACUUGGACAAUACGACCUUGGUAGGAAAGGAGGAUCAACUCCCCCAAUUCUUUUCCUCGGUCGUUGGCCAUCUGGUGGAACCCGAAUUUGUGGAUGCUUCGUACUGGGUCAAGAAUUUAGUUCAACCUGUGAAAUUCUCGGAUGCUCUUCAGUCACUUCUGACGAGUUCAGAGAGUAAGAUAGGGACUGGCCAGGUUCAACCUAACCUACUUGUCGAGAUUGGACCCCAUUCUGCUCUCAAAGGCCCGAUUAAUCAGACGGUGGACCUUGUGCGCCAGGUCAGUAAUCAAGGGAAAAAGAUGGUAUUCAACUACCUUCCAUCUCUGGUCCGUGGAUCAGGGGCCGAAGAUACAUUGCUCGCCCUUGCGAGCGAUCUUUUCACACUUGGGGCUAAGAUUUACCUUGGAGGUGUGAAUCAAACCGACAUAAAUAAUGCCGAGGUGCUCACUGAGCUGCCCGCAUACUGCUGGGAUCACUCAACACAUUAUGAGCUCAGACCUCGUAUGGUCAACGAGAUUCUCUUCCCAGGAGACCCAUAUCAUCCUAUUCUUGGGCGUAGAGCCAAUACAUCAGGAAGUAAUGAGCGCACAUAUCGACAAGUCUUCACCCUGGAUGAGCUUCCGUGGAUUCGAGACCACGGUGUGGCAGGAACCGUCAUCUUCCCCAUGACGGGCUACCUGUCGUGCAUUAUUGAAGCGGCAAGGAGAAAUGCUGUGACAAAGCCCGGCGCGUUUGUCAUCAGAGAUUUCCACGCCGUCCGUAGUUUAGAAGUCCAAGAGGAGCAGUCAGUCGACAUAGCAACGAAGUUGAAGCCCGUUUCUACAGGCCCCGGCACGUUCUCAACAACUGCCUGGACAUUUGAUAUUUCAACUUGGACUGAAGCAGGUGGCUGGACCAUUCACUGCUAUGGCCGCAUUGAGGUUGAAACUGCUGAGAUGACUUCCGAGAGCCCAACUAUGAAGGACUCGCUCGCUCUCGUUGAUACUCCAGGCUUAAUUGAGCACGAUAUUGCCUGGGCUUAUGCUACUGCUGGGGUUCGUGGCACAAACUACGGCCCGACGUUCCGCAAUACCGUUAAAUUCUUUGAAGGUAAAGGAUUCACAGUUAUUGAACAACAGCUACGUGAUGGCAUUGAGCCUAAUUCAUACGGGUCACCUGCCGCUGUUGAUCCUCCUACGCUUGACGGGUUCUUGCAGGGUGGCGGAUCUCUUCAGGAAGUUGAGGGCAAGCGGCGCGCCCAGAUGCCAAAUUAUUUUAGCCGCCUGCGUGUUUCAAACUCAAUGCCUUCCGAGGACAAGCAAAAAUAUACUAUUGUCACUCGUAUGUUGAACAACGAUAACAAGGGCGGCCGUAUGCAGAUCAGCGUUGCUGCCUUUGCUAAAGGUGCUGAUGGCUCUCUUACUCCCGUGGCUGAGUGGGAGUCUCUUUCAUUCCGUGCGAUAUCGUCAGCCGAGGAUGAUGACGAGUUUACUGAAAUCCCCGAGAAUUGGUGCUGGGAGCUGGUUCCCCGGUUUGACUUCCUCUCACCGGAAGAGCUGAUGAAGAGUCUCACUGUUGGUGAUAUUGGUAACACUGCACUCAUUCGCGGCCAAAAGUUGGGUCACGUCGCUAGUUACUACAUUGAUCAGGCUCUAAAAGUCACUGCCAACGAUGACUUCUCAGGUCUUCCUCCUCAUCUUGCUCGUUUUGUUAAGUGGGCAGCGAAAGCAAUUGCUCGAGAGAGCUAUGAUCUCAGUGUCAAGCCAACAGCAUUGCUGGAGGAAGUCAUGAAUGAAGACGCCCAGGGCGAAUUGCUAUGUAAGAUUGGUGAAAAUCUUGUGCCAAUUCUACGAGGAGAAAUCCAGCCCCUUGAAAUUAUGCUCAAGGACGGUCUGCUCACCAGGCAUUACGAAGCCGAUUCAUCCAAUGAGCACUUCAGUAAGGUGAUUGGUGAUUUAGUUCUUAAUGUCUCGGACCUUGAGCCCAAUCUGCGCAUUCUUGAAAUCGGUGCGGGAACUGCCGGCACAACACUCCACGUAAUGAAUGCCCUUUCACGUAACAAUGAAGAAGGCGCAUUUCUCAGCUGGACUUUCACUGAUAUUUCGGCUGGUUUCUUCGAAAAUGCGCGUGACAAGUUGUCCAAAUGGGGCAACAAAAUUAUCUAUAAGAAGCUUGAUAUUAGCCAGGACCCUGUGAAGCAGGGAUUCAAACUUCAGGACUACGAUAUUGUCAUCGCCUCCAAUGUGCUGCAUGCUACAGCAGACAUGAGGGAGACGAUGACCAAUGUCAGGAGCCUUCUGCGGCCUAAAGGUAUGGUCGUCCUUCUCGAGGCAAACCGACAUCCUCCCCCAACCUUGCCAUUUGCUCUUCUCCCAGGAUGGUGGUACGCAAUAGACGAAUACCGUGACCAGGAGGAAGGUCCUCUACUUACCGUGGAGAACUGGAAUCGUGUCUUAAUUGACGUCGGGUUUUCAGGAGUUGACACCGCAAUUCAAGACUAUCCUGGCUCGCCAAACCAAAUGAUUAGUGUCCUCAGCUCCACAAGAAUUGGAAAGCGGGAUGAUACACCACAGAUCACCAUCUGCGGCCCGUUCAUUGACGAGGAAGAGGUGGAGUUUGCCCAGUCCGUGGCCGAUUCUAUCUCUGACCAAUUCGAUGCUUCUGUCUCCCUGAAACCAUUUGCUGAGGUGGACUCCGUCGAUGAUCCAUUCUACAUCUUCAUAGACUCCCCCAAACAUACACUGCUUGAGGAUGUCACAGAAGAGACCUUUGACCUUCUCAAGACCAUGCUGCUCCGCAACAAAGGUCUGAUGUGGGUUGUCCCUGAAGGUGGUGCCCCCGAAUCUAGAAUCAUUCGCGGCUUGCUCCACACUUUGCGCCUGGAGGAUCAAACCAAGCAUAUGCUGCUGUUUGAAGACGUCCCUCUUGUGGCUCAAAGUCUACCUGGUAUCGUCAAGCUGGCGAAGAUCAUGCAAGAUCCCGAGAUCUUCGAGGGCGAGGACCAAGACUUUACGUGGCAUAAGAACUCGAUCCACCUUCCUCGUAUGAAGCAGCUGAGAGAGGUGAAGGAGAAGUUUGCAGUCGAACAAGGAGUCUCUGUCAAAACAGUGCAGAAGAUGUGGCAACCCGAUUCAUCACUUGAAUUAACAAUCGAGGCUGCCGGUAGCCCUGACUCUUUGUAUUACCACCGAACCAAUGUCCUAAACGAGCCUCUAGGUGACAAUGAGGUCUUGGUUGAAGCUGAGGCUGCCGGCUUGAGCUACCGUGACCUUAAUAUUAUCUUUGGCUAUAUCCCUUGGGCACCUCCAGGAUAUGACGGCGCUGGAAAGAUUAUCAAAACUGGCUCCAAGGUUUCCAGUCUCCAGCCGGGUGACAGUGUUUUCUAUCUUUCGCUGGAGAAGAGCGCCUUCGCUACCCAUAACAAACUCCCAGCAGCGCAUGUGGCCAAAGUCCCUGUUGGACUGAGCAAGACCGACGCCGCAGGCUUGCCGAUGGCGUACUCGAUUGCCAUCCUUGCCCUUCUUCGCAUCGGCCGUCUGCGAAAGGAUGAAACUGUUCUCAUUCACGCUGCUGCAGGCGCAGUUGGUCAGGCAUGUGUUGUCCUUGCCAAGCACCUCGGGGCUCGAAUCUUCGCUACUGCCGGUACUGAGUCGAAGCGAGAAUUCCUACAUGAGACAUUUGGCAUUCCUAAAGAACAAAUUUUCUCUAAGGAGCUGAAGGAGGUGUUCGCUGAUCUUGUGACUCUUCUCAAUCGCAACAUCAUUAAGCCUAUCGGCCCGGUGACACUUGUUCCCGCCUCUGACCUCCCAAGUGGUCUUCGAAAACUCAGAUCUGGUGACCACAUGGGAAAGAUUGUUGUGACUCUAGGCAAGGAUGAAUCAGUCCUUGCGGAGAGCGCUCUGCAGCCUACACCAGUGCCAUUGAAGUCUGAUGCCACAUACCUGAUCACAGGAGGAACUCGUGGUAUCGGUUUGUCACUUGCAUAUUGGCUGAUCGAAAAUGGAGCCAAGAACAUCAUCGCCCUAGGUCGAAGCGGUGGUUCUGGGCCCGAGGUUCAGAAGCUGUUGGAGAAAUACGACGGCACUGAUGUGACUGUCAGGGCUUAUGCGUGUGAUGUUGGCUCUAAAUCCGACCUUAUCCAAGUUGUGGAAUCAAUCAAAGACCUCCCACCAGUCAAAGGUGUUGUUCACGGUGCUCUUAUCCUGAGCGACAAAUUGCUUGAAAAUGCCACGUAUGAAGACUGGAAGAUCGUCACUGGUCCACGUAUCCAAGGUGCAUGGAACCUCAACGAUCUGCUACCUGAUCUUGACUUCUUUAUCGGUCUGUCUUCAUUCUUGGGAGAUACAGGUAACAUUGGUCAGAGUAUUUACGGAGGAACUGCUGCAUUCUAUGAAUCUUUUGCCCGGUACCGAAACGCCCGAGGGCAGAACACCGUCUCCAUCGCCCUUCCGGUAGUCCUUGAUGUCGGUUAUGUCGCCUCAAAUGAGCUUACGGACAGGCUCAAGGCAACUCUUGGUGCGACAUUGAGGAUGUCCGAUAUCUUCGCCAUGGUCAAGAGUGCCAUCCAAGGCCAGGCCACAUCGCCCAUCUACACGAACGGCAAGGCAACUGCAUUUAAGAUGGCUUUGAACGGUCAGUCCAUUGAAGAUCUUCCAUGGACGUACUUCCAUCCUGUUCAUAUCAAGGCUCGUCUUGCUGCCGGUGCAGAUGAUCAGAAUGCGGCAGGCGGCACGGGUGUUGAUCACACCGCCUCAUGGACAUCAGCUUCCGACCCGCUGGUUGGCUUAACUGAAGCCCUGAUCACUAAGGUUUCCGCCAUGACCAUGAUCGAGCGUAGCGAGAUUGAGCCCGAUGCCCCUCUGGCAUCUCACGGCCUGGACUCUCUCGUUUCUGUCGAGUUGCGCAAUUGGAUUCGCAGGGAAACUUCCGUGGAGCUGGCACUCACAACUAUUACUCAAUCGGCCAGUCUCCACGCCUUGGCAUCGCAUGUACUUCUUCAGAUUCCCAAGGCUUGA